AAGUUUCCCCGGAGCCAGAGGGCACCGGGCGCACGGCUGAGCCUGCACCAAUGCCUGUGGGCCCUGCCUCGCCCACCUCCUCGCCCUCCCCUCUGGAGCGCGGCUGGCCAAUGACAGCCUUCUCCUGGCUGCAUGGGUUUCCCCCUCCCCUGUUGUCUCUACCCUGCCCCAGCUCUUCCCUGCCCACCCCUCGCUGACUCGCCUCGCCUCGCCUCCCCGACGCUCUGGGUUCCCGGAGCGCAGAGCCCAGCGUUAGCGAGUGGGCUCCCCGAGGCCCCCUGCCCUCGCCGGGCUGCUCCAAGGUGUCGCUCCUCUGGCUGCUCCCGAAGGGGCUUCUGGCCCUGAGGACGGUGGUGCCAAGCGAACUUCCUUUUUAAAAAGAACUGGUGGAUGAGAAGAGCGAGCGAGGGCGAGCUAUGGACCCUGUGAGUCAGCUGGCCUCUGCGGGCACCUUCCGGGUGCUGAAGGAGCCCCUUGCCUUCCUGCGAGCCCUGGAAUUGCUUUUUGCAAUCUUUGCAUUUGCAACAUGUGGUGGCUAUUCUGGAGGCCUGCGGCUGAGUGUGGACUGCGUCAACAAGACAGAAAGUAACCUCAGCAUCGACAUAGCGUUUGCCUACCCAUUCAGGUUGCACCAGGUGACGUUUGAGGUGCCCACCUGCGAGGGAAAGGAACGGCAGAAGCUGGCAUUGAUUGGUGACUCCUCGUCUUCAGCAGAGUUCUUCGUCACUGUCGCUGUCUUCGCCUUCCUCUACUCUUUGGCCGCCACUGUCGUUUACAUUUUCUUCCAGAACAAAUACCGGGAAAACAACCGGGGCCCACUCAUUGACUUCAUUGUCACUGUAGUCUUUUCGUUCUUGUGGUUGGUGGGUUCAUCAGCUUGGGCAAAAGGACUGUCUUCUAUCAAUUCAUUGGCUUUGAUUCUCCUUCAGGUCUUUGGAUUCUUGAACUUUAUUCUCUGGGCUGGAAACAUAUGGUUUGUUUUCAAGGAGACCGGCUGGCAUUCUUCGGGACAGAGAUAUCUUUCAGAUCCGAUGGAGAAGCACUCCAGCAGCUAUAAUCAAGGUGGUUACAACCAAGACAGCUAUGGGUCAAGCAGUGGGUACAGUCAGCAGGCGAGUUUGGGGCCAUCCUCAGAUGAGUUUGGCCAACAGCCUACUGGCCCCACUUCCUUUACCAAUCAGAUUUAACAGAGUAGCAUUUGCAUUCUUCCAGAGAUCACCUCACCACCUUCCAUUUCAGUGGCAGAAGAAUUUUUUAAGAGUUUCAAUCAAUUAUUAAUGCAGAGAGUAUUGAAUGUAAAUCAGAGAUCUCUAGUCUUCAUUAAGGCAGAAAGUCCUGGGUUGUGAUAAAUGACACUUAGAGAUGAGAUGACAUGAGGAGAUAUAUUAUUCUUCAUAGAUUGCUAAUUGGAGAGUACCUUGUUAUAUAUACAGAUACUUUCAUGGUCAUUUUGUAUGUGUGUUAAAGUAGUAGAAGUAUUUUGUAGCUUAAAGUCUCUAGUAUGUAAUAUGCAUAAAGUAAAUCGAAUAGCACUGAGUUUUCUUAUGCAUUUUGAUGUGAAAGAUGUUAUAAUAAUUUCUAGAAGACAAUUUGGUGUAUCACAACAUGCAUGUCUUAUUUUUUUUUAGUUUUAGGUCUUAUAGGACAAUGAGUCUCUAAGUUAUUUGUUUCAGAAAAUUAUUCUGUUUUUUUAUGUGAUAAAUCAAUGCUCACAUGAUUUAAGUGCAUGAAUAAGCAUUUUCUCACAAAAUGAACAUUUGAACUGUGUUUAUGAAAAUUUUCUGGUUUGCACCAUGAAUUUGUCAAGUGGAUAUUUAUAGGAAUAUAUUCACUACCUUGUAUACUUUGCAGAUUUGUCUCUCUGGCUUUACCCAAGUUCUGAAUGCAUUGUAAUUAAGAUUUGAGUUUUUCUUUUCCCCUAUUGUUAGACAUUUAGUGUUACAUAUGAUAACUGCCCAACAUUUAUUCUAUUUACUUAGCUAAAUAUUUGCAUUCUUGUAACCUUCUAUGGUGUUUUUGUGGCUCUUAUCUUGUGGACCAUAAAUAACAUGGCCCAAUAAUUCUUUGUGUUUAUGGAGUGUUGUUUUCUUAGAAUAAUGGAGAUGCAGAUAUAGAUACCAUAGUCAAGAUAUGCCUUGCUGAAGUAUUUAUUUAUAAAGAAUAUUCUGUAGAACCUCUACUACCAGCUACACUUUUAAAUCCUGUUUAUUUGUAAAGCUAAUAUGUUCCUCAAUGUAAUUAUUAAAAAUUCUGAAGUCACAGCUAAACUUACUAAUUCUGAUUUGAGUGUAGCCCAUAAAUUAAAAAUGGCUUCCAUAUGCCACUCUGUAUUCCAAAGAGAGUUCUCAUGAAAUAUUCUCCAGAAUGUAUUCAUUAUAAAGAAAAUGCCAAUCUUCACUUCCUCAUUUUAACUCAGUUGAAACACCAGGACCCAAUAGAGAAGGCAAGCUGAGCAUCUGUAUUUCCAGAUAAAAGUUGUUAUUGAUGUAUAAACUCGUCGUGUGAUUGGUGAUGUUGGAAGCAUUUUAGCACAAAACAGCCUUGUGUCUUAGAUGAUAUCUGUAACCAGUUUCUGAAUCCCGUUGGAUAAAACCAUAUUGUGAUAUCUAUUUGACGUUAAUAAAGUUAUUGCAUACAA